AUGACCCUGGACGUAAUCGCAAACAUGGUCAUGGGCACCGCAAGCAGUCAUGGCAAUGAUCCCAUGUCCGCAACACCUGUUGUCAAUCUUCCCAUCGAUACAAGUAGUCCUACUCUUCCUGUUGAGACAGAUUCGUCUUCACCUUCCACUGGAUCUGCUGCUGCUACUACCGAUGCAUCGCCUACGCACACCAGUUCUUCCGCCAGUUCCGACUCGUCGUCCAAAGACGCUUCAUCUUCUGACUCAAAAUCUACCGUCUCUGCGUCAUCUACCUCCAAAUCCAAAUCUACUCCUACUCCUCAUGCUGCUGCCUUGCGUCGCGAAGUUCCUGGCGCAGGUGCAACUUUCUGA